AUGGCAGGCCUUAGUAUGGGCUGGGGAAGUACGCUCCUGGUACUUGCUCUGCUUCUCGUCCUCCUUCCAGGCAAAGCUGCUGCGUUUGGUGCGGGCAACAUCCCCUCCAUUGCCCAGGUUGAGGGUCACAAUUGGAGACAUGGAGACAUUGAGGAUAUGCUCAAGACGCUCACAUUUCUCUACGGCAAGAAAUGGACGUCCAUGAUGGUCUCGCGCGUCUACUUUGGCAACUGGCUCAGAGACUAUUCGCAGGCUGUCGACGUCGGCAGUCUCAAGGGUGUCAACGCCGCCACCAUUAGGAUCAUAGUUUGGGUACUCUCCUUCAUGGCCAAUGGCUACGCGACCGAGGAGUUUGAGGUCACUGAGGAGCGUCUGGGCGCCUAUCGCCCGGAAGAGCACAUUGACAACCCCCUUGGUUAUGCGGACGGUCAGGACGCGCGCAAAUAUGACCCCCGUCUGCGGGGUCCAGUAGACCCUAGGGAGCUCGAGAUCGAUCCGCGCACCGGCAUGAAGAACUACAUUGCCAACGAGAGCGGCGGCUGGGCUACCAGUGCCGGCUACCUGCGCUGGAGCUUUGCCCGCAGCAUUCACUUUGGCCGCGUCUAUACCAGCGGCGCCCACGGCACAUCCGGAAAGGAGGCCGACUUAUGUGAGGCUCUGCGGUGCCUUGGCCAGGCCCUGCACUGCAUGGAGGACUUUAGCGCGCACAGCAACUAUUGUGAGCUGGCGCUGCUGGAGCUGGGAUACCACAAUGUCUUUCCCCACUGCGGGAGUGCCACUCAGAUUCAUUUGAAUGGGAGGGUGGUCUAUCCGCUCGUCACGGGAACCUUUGGCGCGGUCGAUUUUUUGCACUCUGUCCUCGGCGAGGCCAACGACCAUUUCACCCAGUCAGAGGUGGAUGAGAUCAAUGUCGCGCUGAACAACGCCGAGCGGGCUACCAUGGCCGGCGACAGCGGCUAUUCCGGUCAACGAGGGUUUGGUUCGGGCAGCGGCGGCUUGGAUUUCAUCUCCCUGGUUUCCCAGCUCCCCGGUGUCGGCGACGGCUUCGCUUCGCAGGCCAAGGACCUCAAAGCCAGGGCUGCAGCUCAGGAGCAAGAGAAUGCUCGGUCCGCUGGCAAUGUCAAUGUCGUCCCAGGAAUGAGCCCCAAUUUCGAUCCCGUCAAAGUGGCAGGGCAGAUCUACCCAAUCCUCGAAUUCCGCGACAAGAUUGUCCGAUCCAUCCACAACAUGAUAGCCAAGAUUCCCGGCCUGGAAAGUCUACUGGAAAAGAUCAGCGAGACAUUGACAUCCUUUAUUCUCGGCCUACUAGCCCCCUUCGUCCGGCCCAUCAUCAACCAGGUAUCCCAAGUGCUGAAGGAAGGCUCCUCCGGCCUGAUCGAAACCAGCGCGAACCAGCAGUUUGAGCCGUGGACUAACCCACGCUGCGAUAACCCCACCCACUCGAUGCUGUCCAAGGACCAUUUCACCAACAUCCUCAACUCGUGCGCCGGCCGUGUAGCUGCCACCAUCCUGCAAUACGUCGUUCCCCGCGUCAUCUACGCCUGGGAGAACCCGGGCGUCCCCGUAGAUGAAGUCGUCAACGACGUGCUCCGCGCGUUUCACCACCCUGCCGCGCGCGACGAGCGCAUCGAGAUCCAGCGCCAGAUGUUUGACACAGUGCGCAAGUGGGCCCAGGAGACCCCGCACCGCGACCGGCUGAACCAGCUGCUCUCGUCCGAGUCGGUCAAGAACCACCAGAACCACAUCCUCUCCGGUGGUGGGGGUGGUAGCCGGUCCGCAGCGGGAGGCGGAGGAGGAGGGUGCGGCCACGGAGGCGACGGCGGGCACGGCAAGCCUGCCGGAUCACUCUGGUCGCAGAUCAAGACGAGGGAUUUUGAAUCAAGAGAGGCGCCGCCGGCCCCGAGCACGGCCCCAGCGCAACCGCACGGAUACGGCCACGGCCAGGCGGCGGGUUACUAUGCCGGCGCCGGCGCCAAUCCCCCGCAGCACUCGUCUCAAGGCAGGCCCGGAUCAUCCGGGUUUGCGGCCAGCUACGGACAGCCUACCCCGCCGCCGCCCCAGUCCGGGUACGGUCAGGGAUACCAGGGCCAAGGCCAGGGGCACGCAGCGUCGUAUGCUCAGCAGCAGCAUUGGCAAGGGCAAGGGCAGGGACAGGGACAUCAGCAGUAUGGCCGUGGAGGCCAUCAUCAUCAUCAGCAGCAAGGGGGGUACAGCGCGCAGCAGCAGCAGCAGUAUCCGCCACAUGGCCAGCAGCCGCCUUCGUGGGGGCAUUAUCAGCGGUACUAG